CAAAUUGAGAAUGAUUAUUUUUGCUAAAUCUUUUCGUACAAACACACACUGUCUGUUUUUCUCACAACCCUAUCCUUACAUGUGACCUUAAAUAGGAUAAACAUUAAAGCAACUCAAUCUCUAUAAAUAGGGUCGCUUGCUAGUAGUAACCAUAAUCAAGAAAGUCUAAAGAUGAAGCUCCUACAUUUGUUUCUCAUCUUCAUUCUCUUCUUUCAGGAUUUUGUGGUGGAGGGUGAAGAGGGAAAUCUACAAGAGCUUACGAAGAAACAUCAUCGGCCACGUGCAAUAAAUUGCAACUAUGCAUGCGCAAGAAGAUGCAGCAAGUCGUCAAGAAAGAAAGUGUGCCAUCGUGCUUGCAAGAGCUGCUGCACGACGUGCCAUUGUGUCCCUCCAGGGACGUAUGGCAACAAAGCCCUCUGCCCCUGCUAUGCCAAGCUUAAAACACAUGGAAAUAAGCCCAAGUGUCCUUGAAUGUGUGUCAUAGAAAUGAAUAUGUGUGAUAAGGAUUUCUUUCUCUACAGAAUUCGUGUUUCAGAUUCAUGUUUUAUUAAGGCUGUCACUCUGAUGAUUAAUUUGGUAGUAAUAAAUUAGUUUUCAACA